GAUGUUCUCAGGUGUUUCUAACCGAUUUUCAGGUGUUCCCAGCCGGAUUUUGGGGUAUUUCAGGUGUUCCCAGCCGGAUUUUGGGGUAUUUCAGGUGUUCCCAGCCGGAUUUUGGGAUAUUUCAGGUCUUCCCAGCCGGAUUUUGGCUGUUCCAGGUGUUCCCAGCUGGAUUUUGGCUGUUCCAGGUGUUCCCAGCCGGAUUUUGGGUAUUUCAGGUGUUCCCAGCCGGAUUUGGGUUAUUCCAGGUGUUCCCAGCCAGAUUUUGGGUAUUUCAGGUGUUCCCAGCCAGAUUUUGGCUGUUCCAGGUGUUCCCGGCCGGAUUUUGGGUAUUUCAGGUGUUCCCAGCCGGAUUUUGGGUUAUUUCAGGUGUUCCCAGCCGGAUUUUGGGUAUUUCAGGUGUUCCCAGCCGGAUUUUGGGGUAUUUCAGGUGUUCCCAGCCGGAUUUUGGGUAUUUCAGGUGUUCCCAGCCGGAUUUUGGGGUAUUUCAGGUGUUCCCAGCCGGAUUUUGGCUGUUCCAGGUGUUCCCAGCCGGAUUUUGGGUUAUUCCAGGUGUUCCCGGCCGGAUUUUGGGGGCGUUCCGGGGUUUUUGGGCGGCUCCGGCCGCGUGGCGCCCCCCUCAGGCGCGCAGCACCUGCUGCAGGUGCUCCCCGAGCGGCAGCGCCCCCCAGCGGCUCAGCAGCCGCAGCGCCGCCGCCGCCAAGCGGAACCGGAGCCACUCCAACCUGGGGGGACAGCUCCCCCCACACCUUAA